AUGGCAGCUGCAGAAGUAGAACACAGCGGCAGCUCCCUCCCCAAGAAGCUCGUCACUUUUGCUCUCUGCGCCAUCUUCACCUUGUCCCUCAUCUACUUCUCCUCCCCUCCUCUCAUCAUCUCCUCCACCACCAAUCUUCUCUCCCAAUUCCAAACACGCGCACGAGCUAGAACCACCGAUUUUUCUACUCAUCUCCCAGGGGUAGCUGUUUGGAAGCAAUGCGACUACAGUGAUGGGAAGUGGGUGUGGGACGGCGACCAUGGCGGCGCCGCCGCCGGCGGCGGCUCGAGGUACGACAGCGAGAACUGCGACAUGAAGAUGACGUACAAGUGCGUCAUCAACGGCAAGCCGGACGGCGGCUACCUUCACUGGCGGUGGCAGCCGGCGUCGUGCAACCUCCCGGCGCUCGACCCGGCGGCGUUCUUGCGGCUCCUCCGGGGCAAGCGGCUGGCGUUCGUCGGCGACUCGACGGCGCGGAACCAGGCGGAGGCCCUCGUGUGCCACCUCGCCACGGCGGCGCGGCCGGUGACAGUGCGGCGCGACGAGGAGCGGCUGGGGCGCAAGUCUGGCGGUGGGCGUUCCCGUCGCCGCACGACGUGA